CCCUAAUCUCUUCAUCUCUAAUUGGUUAGCACUUUCUUCACUCAUCUUCACUCUUCUUGCACAAAGUCUCUUGCCAUAAAAUGCCUUCGAAAAUCUCUUCUCCUUCAUCAAACUCAUCACCCAUCUCUCCACAAAACCCUAAUUCUCAUUAUGAACAUACCAGGAACCUCCAAAGAAAAUAGCGGUCGCCACCCUUUGUACAAGGGAGUGAGACAACGAAAGAACUCAGACAAAUGGGUUUCUGAGAUCCGUGAGCCGAGAAAACCUAACCGUAUCUGGUUAGGGACAUUCUCGACCCCGGAGAUGGCGGCAAUUGCCUAUGAUGUGGCAGCUCUAGCCCUCAAGGGAACUCAAACUGGGCUCAACUUUCCAAACUCAGCCUCCUCUUUGCCUGUCCCAGCCUCCAUGUCUCCAGGAGACAUCCAAGCCGCAGCCGCUUCAGCCGCCGCUGCUUUUGGUGCUGCUAGGGAUGCGAUUGUAGUGGCCAAUAAUAGCAGUGUGGAACGGAGUAACGUGAUGAUGAAUGGUAGUUAUGAGAAUACAAAUGGAUUUAUGGACGAGGAUUUGAUAUUCGACAUGCCUAAUGUGCUCAUGAAUAUGGCUGAAGGAAUGCUUCUCAGCCCACCUUGUCAAUUCACCUUUGAUGCUGCUUCCGAAGCUGAUGAUUACGCCGGAGAAGACGAUUACUUGUGGAAUUUUACUUGA